AUGCCUUCAGCUAACCGAACUCCAUUACGAACAGGUACACUAAGAUGUCCGGCUAUCAGCCCAGAUCAGCCGCUGAGCGUUCAAGAGUUCCUCCAUAGUUUGAAGAAGUCGACGCGCCCGUUUCCCACACCGAAACGCUCGGAGGCACCGCAAGACAGUACAUUCACAAGCUGUCAAUUGACCGUUGAUGGCUUUCUCCAUGGUAUGCAAAAGACAGUGACUCCGCCUUAUAAGCCCGUUGAGGCUGGUAAUGCCCCAAAGCUUCAAUCGAUAGCUUCACCAGGCCAUCAAGGCUUGCCAUUCGUCUGCUCAGGCCGAGGUCUCUUGGACCCACCCGAGACUAUCCCCGAUCAGUCAGAUGGCGAGCAAGUACUCAGCCCAUCACCAGACACUCAAGGACUAAGAUCUCCCGAACCAAAGGGCUCAGAUGAGAAAGACGCAUCGAUGAAGAUCCCAAAAGUCGUUCGCACGUACGCAAAGAAAACCAAGCCUGUAACGCCGGUAUGGGAUGACAGCUCCGCCUUAUUUCUGACUCAAUAUUCCAUGCACGAGGAAGCUCUGCUCGAUGGACUUCUCGAUGAUGGGUCAUAUACCUCGACAGAACAACUGGCCUCCAGGGAAAUCUUGAAAGAUAAGCCUGGGAGGAAGCACCCCUCAGUAGUCCCCUCGAAGCGCAAACGAAUGCCUACGCAAGACUGUGAGGAGGACCCUAGAGAGAACCACAGUGAGGAUGAUGCGGACGUUGGGAUAAAGGAAAAGGAAAAGAUAAAGAAGACUAGGCGAAGAAAGCGAAGGGCACCGGUCAACGAACUCGCACUGGUGACAAAAUUUCCGUCUCAUGAAGAAUCUCCGGCACCACCGGCGAAAGCUCCGAAAGCGUACGAUUCCGAUAACGCCAUCGACUUGCUGAAUGAAUAUCUUGAUGGACAAGGCUUUCCUGCGUCCACUUCGCCAAGUUUUGAAAGGGGCCGAAAGUCAAUAAUAGCCAACAUAAGGAAGCCAGUGACAAGGAUUCGCCGAGAAAUCACCCUACCACAGCGAGAGAUCCUGGCUCGAGAGGGUUUCAAGUUCCCACCCAUCACACCGAGAGCUACGAAAUCGCCGGGUUGGAGAUUGGGAAGCGGCUUCGAUGGAAUUACACUGGAGUCAUCCACGAACAAAAUACCGCAGACCUCGCGUAAUCGGAAACUUAGACAUGCGAAGACUCCUUGUUUUGUAGGGCGGUCUCUUCCAAAACUUGAAUUGUCGGCUGGAUUGUCACCAACUCGUUACUCUGUUGGUCAGAAGGGCAUCCCAAGGAGGCGGAAAGAUCAAGGCAAUCCUGCUAAAACCAAAGGGUAUGAGCCAGCCAUGAAGCUUGGUACAGCUGAUGGCGCCGUUGAGGAUGGCCUACCUCAUAGCGCAAUCAAGACUAGGGGAAAAGUCUCUUUUGAGAAGGUGGCCGGCUUGACUUUGACCGCUCUACCACGCCCAUCAACAGAGAUUGAUCGGUUCCAAACAGCGUCUCCUUCCCAACGUAACGAUGUCAUCAAGGAUCCUGUUCAACUGCACCAAAGCCCGACCAGGCAUCUAGAUGCUAGCCAGGCAAUCCGAGAGCCAUCAAAUUCAGAGCGCAAAGGCUGGCUAAAGCGCAGAGGGGUCAAUUCUGCUGUCGCUGACGAGGAUGGAGAGGAAGAGCAGCUGUUCGUAGAUACUCAAAGAACCUCCGGCAAUGUUAGUGAAACUGGGAAGAGAAAGUGGAGAGCUGACUUGGAUACAAACCUUGAAUAUACCGCGCAAGCACAGCAUGUCGUGCACAAUAAUUCGCAGGCUUUUAAUGAAGAAGGCAAUCAGAUCCCACCAAACCCUGAACGACCUGGCAACAGUGGACAGCAAGAUAUGUUUCAAGGCGAGCAGAGCGCCGAACGGCAUCGGUGUCGAGCUUUGCAUGAUAUAGAAAGACAACCUCUCAAUUCAGAAGAGGAGACUCUUGGCCAUCAAAGCUCCAGGUGUCCUCCAGAACCACCAUCGUUUUCGAAGUCCGAAGCUGACUUUCCAAACUCGCCAUUACACGCCAAAGACCUGUCAAUGCCAAAAGCAAGGCCCCAUAUCGAGGUUCUAAGGACCUCUGAGGUUCCAGAGACACAAGAGAGACCCCAAGAGUCUAUAGAAUUUGAUCAUACGGGGAUCGAAUUCUUGGACCUGGGCCGACACCCAUACCACAUACCAGAAAGAACUCACGACUCCGGCAAGUAUUUCUCGAAAGCUGUUCAGCAACUCGAGUCCCCGGAAGAGGUACCACACACCAUUACGCGGCGCAAGUCACGUCGAGAGCCGGAACCAGGUGUGACAGGAACGCAGGUGAUGUUUGGAACGCGAACAGGGGCACAUCACGUCAAUGUGGCUCCCAUCACUGGCGAAGAGGAAUCUCGGAAGCAGGAAGGAAGUUUGGAGUUGGGCGUGACGUCGAGGCUGAAGAGGACGAUGUCUAAUGUGGCAUUAAGACCGCCAUUCAAAGAGCCUUUGCGAUGA